GUGGAUUUUGGCUCAUUUGUGCUUCCAGCAGCAGCAGUAGCAAGAGCAAGAGCAUGGGAACGACCGAGUCGCGGAUGACGCCGCCGCCGCAAGCAUGCGGCGCGAUGCUCUGGAAGGCGGCGCGGCUUGGCGACGUCAACAAGGUCCGCGCGAUCCUGCUGCACCCUGACGCCGCCACGUUUGUCAACUGGACCCACCCCGAGCAUGGCACGACGCCCCUCAUGAUGGCCAGCCUCUGCGGCAAGCACAAGCUCGUAUCGAUGCUGCUCGAGAGAGGCGCGGACGUCAACGUCCGCGACCGCGCCGGCGGCAACACGGCGCUGCACUUUGCGGCGGCCAAGAACAAGGUUGGCGUCGUCGAGAAGCUCGUCGCGGCCAACUGUGAUGCGCACAUGUGGAACGACGACGGCCUCGCAGCCAUCGACCUCGCACGCUUUGCCGGGCAGCGCGAAGUCGCACUGCUCCUCCACCGUCGGUUUGUGACGGCCAAAGGCUUUCUCUACGUCAAGAAAGGCCACUCGGUCUUUACGCAAUGGAAGAAGCAGUGGUGCAUGCUCCUCGAGUGCACGAACGACCAGUCGUGCCUCGAGCUCGCCAUGUACAAGGACCCGGACGACGUCAAGCCCACGAAAGUGCUCUUGCUGAGCGCGGCAGCGACCGCUGUCUCGCCGACCUCGUCGAGCCGCCACGUGCGCAAGCACACGUUCCACUUUACGCCCAACGCAACGAUUCAGCGCUACCAGCGCGAUGCGUUCUCGCGGUCCGAGAUCAUUCGCGGCCGCCGGCACCUUCCCAGCUACAGCGCCAACGGUGUGCGCUUCGCGACAGAGACCGAGGACGGCCGCCGGCAGUGGGUCGAGCUCCUCGGUCCAUUGGCCUUCACGCCACUGCCGCCACCCCGAAUGGAAAACGUGCCACAUCGCGGCAGCAACAACAACAGCUACAACGAAACCAACAACAAUGACCAAAAGGAAGGUGGACGUGGCUACGACGUGGGGCCCGAGCCGUGUCCCGAGGUGCGUCCGUCGGCGCCGCCGCUCGAGCUCUGCGCGUUCGAGGCCAACAACGACUGCGUCAUCUGCAUGGACCAGCCGCGCGCCGCCGUCGUCGUGCCGUGUGGCCACCUCGCGGGCUGCUACCCGUGCCUCCAGGAGCUCCAGCGCAAAGCGACGGGGUGCCCGAUAUGCCGGACGCCCAUCGCGACCGUCGUGCGCGUGUUCACGUGCUAACAAUACGAACAGCGCGAGGCCUCAUGGCCAGUAGUACCGUUACCGUCGUCCCUCCCGAACGCACGACGGAUCGUUCUCCUGGCUUGGUAAGCCGCCUGCAUAUCCCGCUGGCGUGCCUCCG